AUGAACCCUCUUCAAGAGGAGGGACAGGGAAAGACUGUACAUCCUUUCUUCCAGAAGCCAUUGAAGCCGAUUCAAAUUCAAAACGAACCAGAGACUGACAAGGCGCCGAAAAGAGGGCAAAGGAAAAGUGUGCGGAAUGUAAAGUCAUCGAUUGCGGGAAACGACACAACACAGCACAAUGGGGCUUCACACUCAUCCGAAAUUACAAAUGGGGAACAAGCAGAUUUAUUAGAGGUUGAUCCUAAUAAUGGUAGGAGGAAACGUCGAAAGACUACCUCUCCGGAAGCUGAAACUACAACGAAAGUGGAGACAGAAGGACCGUCCACAGCCACUACGACCACUACGCCGACAGAGGCAUCGAAACAACUACGAACCUCGAAGCGCAAACAAGCUACCACCUCCGAGUCAAAAGAAGCAGAAGUGCCCACGAACGAAGCAUUUUCAUCCAAUGGCCUAUCAUUCAACAUCAGAGUCUCAUCACCACCUGAAAAUGUCUCGGUUGAGGAGCCUGCGUCUGGAGUCAAAGCGUUCGAAGAAGCCAAGUCGAGCUUGGAAUCAUCUGCAGACGAUUCCACAAAAAGGACAAUUGAUGACACUCUUAGGCCUAAAAAAGUUCUACAAUUCAACCCGAAGACUGGUACCAUAGGGUCACCGCCCAAGAAAAAUUUCCCCCCAAAGAAGAAAGGGAGGGCCAAGAAAUCCACUGCUGACGAAGAGCCAAAUUCAAAGAUCGUUGUCAUUGGCUAUGGCGGUGGGCAAACUUCAGCCUCCGAAGUUGGAGCUAAGAUAGAGGAUAUUCUCAAAGGCAUUAAAAUCUCCACUUCGAGCACUGAAACAAUUCUGACGGACGUGAAAAAUAUAAAAGAGGUCACAUCUAGGAAAGGAAACGGAGUAGAUGUUGUUCCAUGGUGGAAAACUGCAAAAAAGAAAGCACCUGUGCAAGAAAAAGUACAGGAACCGUCGAAGGCACAGCAAGCGGAACAUGGAAGAUCUUCCUUAGGUAGACCACCAUCACCGUCAAAAAUACUAUCCACUUUUGGCCGACCACGGUCAAAUGAAGUAAACCAGGCCCCAUCGAUAUUUGGAGGCUUCGGGGCAGCUCCCAAAACCCCAAAAUUUCCUGGUGCCAUUGAGUCAGCUUGGCCAUGGUCUGGAAUGGUACAUGUACGCGGUGAAAGGGAAAGAGACGAGGAAGAUGUAAACACUUCCUCUACUAGCACGUUGGAUGGGGAAUCCCGCAGCGGCAAGAAAGGAGCGAAAUAUCAAGCAGUUGAGAUCGUUAAGAAUGAAGAUAUAAUCAAUACUUUUACAGCGGAAUUACGAAUUGAGGAAACAUUCAAUAGCAUCCAAGACCUUCAUAUUGAUGAUUUUGCUCCAAUUUCUCCUUGUCUUCGUGUACCAUCGAAACACAUCGAAUCAGGCCCGGAUCUCCAACGAAGGGUCCGAAGAGAACUUGCCUCCAAGCUGCAGCGAGUUGUGCAUGAGGAGUCGAGUGAUGACGAGAUUCAACAGCGGGACACAAAACGUUCAAAUGUCCACCCUGCUCUUAUAAAUGUUUACAACUCAAUCGUCACUUCAUUAUCAGCAUUUGAUAAGGCUGAAUGUGAGAAUCAAUCCUGGACGCAGAAGUAUGCACCUAAUAGCGCGGAGGAAGUCUUACAAACUGGACCAGAGGCUUUUAUUUUGAAAGAAUGGUUGCAGAAAUUGACAGUAAUAUCAGUAGAAUCAGGUUCUGCUGAAAAUAAGGUCACAAAAAAAUCCACAUCAUCGAAAGGGGAGCUUCCUGGAAAGAGGAAGCGAAAAUCAAAAAAGCUGGACGGUUUUGUAGUUUCAAGUGGCGAGGAAGAUAACGAGAUGGAUGAAAUAACGGAGCCAGAAGAUGGGGACUUGUUAGGAGGUUCAGGUCUGGGCAAGAAGACAGUCGUGCGAGCUUGUGAUUUGAUUGCAAAAAGCUCCAAGGAUUCCAAACGCCUUGCCAAUGCGGUCGUUAUGAGUGGGCCACAUGGAUGUGGUAAGUCUGCCACAGUAUUUGCUGUUGCAAAAGAACUCGGGUUCGAAGUUUUUGAAAUCAAUCCCAACUCUAAAAGAAGUGGGAAAGAGGUUAUGGACAAAGUUGGAGAUAUGACUAGGAAUCAUUUAGUCCAAAGAUCCAAAGUCGACAAAAUACCCACCAAUGUAAAUGAUGAUGAAGAACGUUUGUCGAAUGCCGUGGCUGAGGACUUAAAGAGCGGUCGUCAGGGCACCAUGAAUUCAUUUUUUACGUCCAAGGUGCCAAUCAAACCAAAACCUGCAGACAAGGACGUGGAACCAAGUGCAGCCCAACCGGAAAUCAGCAAGAGCACAAUAGCACCAAAGGGGUUAACAAAGCAACAAAAACAAUCCUUAAUAUUGCUGGAAGAAAUUGAUGUUCUAUAUGAGGAGGACAGAGGAUUUUGGCAAACAGUUAUGCUUCUAAUUGCCCAAAGCAAACGACCAAUUAUCAUGACUUGUAAUGAUGAAACCGCGGUGCCAAUCGCUGCUCUAUCUUUGCACGCAAUCAUACGCUUUAAUGCGGUGCCUACCGAUCUCGCCGUGGAUUACAUGCUACUCGUAGCUGCCAAUGAAGGUCAUGCCAUUCGCCGCGAGGCAGUGAAGGCUUUAUAUGAGAGUCGAGCAUCAGACCUCCGUGGUUCUCUGACAGAGCUGGAGUUCUGGUGCCAAUUUGCAGUUGGAGAUCGUAAAGCUGGGAUGGAGUGGUUUUACCCCCGUUUACCUUUAGGAUGCGAUCUCGAUGAGCAUGGUGAUAAGUACCGCGUUGUUAGCGAGGAUACUUACCACACCGGGAUGGGCUGGCUCUCACAAGAUGCUCUCGAGAGUCAACGUCCUUACAUCGAUAUCGAAGAAGAAACUUUACAUGAAUCUUGGAAUGGUUGGGGUAUUGAUGCUGGGGAUUGGCAGCGAAACCUAGAUAUCAGCACUUGGGCGAAAAAGAUCAAAGAUUCCGUCAAUGAUCGGGCCACUGAACGAGCUACUUUGAUUAUGUACGACGACUUCACCGAAGCUAUGAGUGCUACAGAUUGUCUCUCACAUUUUAGCUUUGGUGCAGAUAACCAGGUUAUCAUUGAUGCUAGCCACCCAAAAUUGUCUAGCAAGGCGAGAGAAGAUUAUACUCUGGCGAAUCAAUUACUUGAUGUAUCACCACAAGCUAUUUAUGACGAGACAAGUAUCAAUAUAUCUUUAUGGAUGAAGUCUCGAGCUAGGGAGGUCCUACAAAUUCGUCAACAUGUCGAACAUGGUUGGGAAAUUCAUCGAGAAUUUGAUGGGGCUACUGAGAAGCAAGUUCAAAACCUCAUCCGGUCUCGGUCAUGUCCUGAUAGUAAUGCCAUAACUCGCCGCGAUUUGAGCUUAGCAUUUGAUCCUAUUUCAGAGGCUGAGAAGACACACGUUUGGUCCACCGGAAAUCUUGAAGCUUCGUGCUUUGAUCGAACCAUGAAUCUCAUCAUACUUGAUGUUGCCCCGUACGUGAGAUCCAUAGUAUCUUAUGAUGCACGCCUACAGAAGGAUCGAGUUCGUCUCAGCAAUCUACUUAGUCAAGGCGGAAGUACAAAGGCACCAAAAACCAAAAGAAUGAGAACAACUCGGGCAGCUAUGUCAGCCCUUGAAGGAGGGGCGAGAAGUACGACCAGAAAGGAAAAGUAUUUCAGUCAGGAUAUCAACCCAUAUUUAGUUCUUAGGACUGGUUCACAAAGUUGGUUGGAUGCAGUUAUAUCUCUUACCGCAGGGACGGAUCAAGGGAGUCGAAGAUCCAGUAUGCAAAUGUCGGAUGGAAACAUGGAUAUUGAAAGUGGACGAGAUGAACUUAUAGAUUAA